UGUUGUGAAGCAUAUGUUCUACACUGCAAACUAACAAGACGACGCGACAAAACCAGAACGAAGCUAUUGCAAUCAACAGAGCUGACAGCGCACGGUUAAAGUGGGAGCGCGCUUGCUUGCAGUGUAGACAGACUGUUACGCCCUCUUAAACAUCGUCAUAGCCACAUUUACUUCGGUAAACUUCCUCAAAUAUGCCGUUAAGCCAUUAACUUCCUCUCUGAGGGGUGAACACACUCACGUCCAACAGACUUCAACAAUUACUUCCACAGCAGCGGGAUUACGGUCCUCAAGAGCAUCUGAUAUGUUUGACUGCUGAAGUCGAGUGGUCACCUUUCUAUCAUGCAGAGCAUCAAGUGUGUGGUGGUGGGGGACGGAGCAGUGGGAAAAACCUGCCUGCUCAUCUCGUACACGACUGGCGCAUUCCCCAAAGAGUACAUUCCCACCGUGUUCGACAACUACAGCUCCCAAGUCACCGUGGACGGCCGCACCAUCAGCCUUAAUCUGUGGGACACGGCAGGCCAGGAGGAGUACGACCGUCUUCGCACGCUGUCUUACCCUCAGACCAACGUCUUCAUCAUCUGCUUCUCCAUCUCCAGCCCCCCGUCCUAUGAGAACGUCAAGCACAAGUGGCACCCAGAGGUGACGCACCACUGUCCCAGCGUGCCCAUCCUGCUGGUGGGGACCAAGAGCGAUCUUCGCAACGACGCAGAUGUGCUGAAGAAGCUAAAGGAGCAGAACCAGGCGCCCAUCACGCACCAGCAGGGCCAGGCUCUGGCUCGCCAAAUCCACGCCGUCAAGUACCUGGAGUGCUCGGCACUCAGCCAGGACGGCAUCAAGGACGUGUUUGCAGACGCAGUGCGUGCCUUCCUCAGUCCUCAACCUAUGGCUCCAAAGAAGCCCUGUAUACUCCUCUGAAAAUACAGAGAGGAUAGAGCACUCCAGGGUGGGGCUUCAGAACCUUUUUAGAAAAGAAGGCACUUUCUUCACUUGAUGACUGAUUUGGGAGCAGCUUGUGUCGAUUUAAUUAGCACAAUCCUAAAUGAGCCAUUAACGAAAAGGAAGGAAGCUUUCAACUGGCUAAAGAUCGAGUUCAGCUUGUAGAUUUCAAAGCUCAGGGAUUUAUCAACAAGCUUUAAAUGAUCACCAUUUUACCUUCUUUGCUUGUUUAGAUGAAUGUAUGACUUUACAGUGCCUUUCUAUAUACAGUUUAUUAUAUAUGUAAGCAGACAGAUUGUUGUAUGUCAAAUUUCAAAGGGCAAAAGUAUAUUUUCAUCAUUGGUAUUUUAACUAUAAUUUUUUUUCUGUAAUGUUUAGCCUAUUAGCAUUAGAUCAAAUGUUAGCUGAAAGUCAAGAAGAUCAUAUUGUGGCUCAUUAAGGACAAUACAUUCACAGCAAACAGAAACACUUCAUUGUGCAUGAAUCAUAUGAUGAAUUUUAAGUCAUAAUGUGUUGCUCAGUCUGUAUGUGUGCUUUUGGCCAUAAAUGUAUGAGAAAUCCCAAAGUCAUGUGAAAGCAAUACUUUUCAAGCAUUGAAUAAUUCAGCUGAGAGUUGUGUGGAUUGACUGUAGCAGUCAGUCUCACGGAACAGGAUGCAUUUUAUUUAUUUUAUUUUUAAUUUGUCUUGUAUGCAUUUUUGCCUCACUAACAAAAGAGACACCUUGUGACACCCUUUAAACAUUCGGAGGUCAUUUCCCCAAGCCAAUUUUAUAUAAGACAUUUAUCAAUUUGUAAUUUAUACAAAUUAAUUACAUUUUUUUGUUUUGCAUUUUGAUCAAAAAAAUGUAUCCUAAUAAAAUUCAAACUGCUUUAUUUUAACAUCC